AUGUCCAUUGAACUAGAAUGGUCAAACCUCGACGCCUCGCUUUCCUCGUUUCUCAUUCAAGCUAUCAACAAACAACUUGAAAAUACCACAAGACCGUCGUUUAUUGGCCCCGUGGAAGUCACGUCGUUUGACUUUGGCUCCGCUGCUCCGGACAUUGAGCUCAUUGACCUCCGGGACAUCUACCGAGAUUUCUUGGAGGACGAUGAAGACGAGGACGAGGACGAUAGCUCUGGCUUCGGUAGAAAUGGCCCCGUAAAGGUCACAGAAGGGCCUCCGAUGGAGGACGAAGAAGGCUUUGAGUGGGUGUCGCGACGGGCAGCGGGUAGAGAAGAAAUGUCCCGGUCGUACUCAUUUCAGCAGCACCUUCUCCCGCCGCACGUUCGGGCUGCCUACGAUGGGCCGAUGUCCGCCUCUGUACCUAGUAUGCCUUACAUGGGAAUGCCUCUACCCUUUGGGCAUCCCUGGCACGGUACGGGAACACCCAUGUUUCGCAGUCCCACACCAGCGACGCCAUUCACUCCAUUCAGGACACCAAGCGGCUCGUCUCCGAAUAUCCCUUCCCACCAAGCUAAUACUGAGCGUUCCCAAUCAAACUCAAACUCCCUCGGAACACCCCCAGACGACGCUUCAAAGGUUCCAAAAGUCGAGAGCGUGCAUCCUAACUUACAGCUCCACUUCCAUGUCAACUGGCAGUCCAACCUUCGAAUAACACUCACCACGUCUUUGCUAAUCAAUUAUCCUUCGCCGAUGUUCAUGUCGCUGCCCAUCAAGCUGUCGAUAACGGGGUUGAUAUUCAACGGUGAACUGGCAGUUGCGUAUGAGGGGGAGCGGCGGCGUGUUCACGUCUGUAUCCUUGACGAACUUGAUCCCUAUGGGCCCGCGUGCGACCGUCCGAAGCGGGACUCCGUAGAACGCACCAAUUCGUAUAAUUCGCAGCCUUCGCCAGAUAACGAAGACGAACACCCUUCACUAGGAACACCCCCUCGUCCUUCGAAACCUUUACCUAUUGGCCAGCGGCUUUUGCCUUCAAUCUAUAUAGAAAGCGAGAUCGGCCAAACGGACAAACACGUUCUAAAGAAUGUAACCAGAGUUGAGCGGUUCAUUCAAGACGUGAUUCGGAAAACCGUCGAAGAAGAACUAGUUUUCCCUAAUUUCCAUACAUUGAUCAUGGGAGAACAGUGA